UUGUUGCUAGAAAAAAUAAUCCUAAUAAAAGUUUCCUUUAAUUUUUCAUCAAAUGUCCGUCAACUUCGGGCUGUUUUGUUUUUGACGACAAUUUACAUACAACUGAUUAUUAUUAUCGUAUUGAUUUCACAUUGAUGUCAAUUAUAAAUUGCAGUCAUAAUUUGUGGGAUACCCUCACCAACCUUAUAACUAAAAUUACUUGUCUAGUUUUUCGGUAAAGUUCCCGACCCCACCUGUUUUAGAUUGUUUUGACCGGUGAUAAUGUUAUCAGAAUAAUUAUCUUAUGUAUUCUAUAAGAUUACAUACUGUGUAAACUAAAAUGUCUUUUUUUAUGGAUGUAUUGAAAUGGUUACUGUUAUGGGACAUUCUAUCGAAUGAAAAUUUUCUGAAAGCGUGACUUCCGCAGUCUUUGUGAAAUUUUGUGGAACUAUCGACAACCUUUUUUUUAACUCUGUCUUUAAUAUUUCUGGAAUAGAUGCGAUAUUUCCCUGGUUCAAAAAGAUUAUUUGAAAUGAUUUACAAUGUUAAAUGUCUAUAAGGAUUUCUUAUCGUUAGUACAGGAAUCAAUCUGAGAAGUAUUCGAGUUAUCAUGUCACCUAAAAACGAAAAUCAUAUGUAAAAAUGUGCUCUAUUCACCAUGAAGGAUUUUAUCAUGAGAGAUAUUUUCCAAAUCUUAAACUUAUGCAUCGUAAAAAUCAUACUUUUAACAAAUGAUAAAUAAUCUUUUUGCAUACAAUGAUAAAUAUGACAAAACAUAAAAAUUCAAUGAUUUCUGAAAAUACAAUUUAAAAAAUUGGUUUGCUUAUAUAAUAAUGAAACUAAUGAGUUAGUCAAUAGAAAUAUGGGAAUGUAGAUAAUCUAAAAUGAGAGAAGAUUUACACAGAUUAACAACCAUGAUGAAUAAAUCUCAAAGACUAAUUAUAGGAUUUUUAAUAUUGUUAUUAGUUGAUAUUAUUUGGAUAUCUAGCUUUAGGCUCACUCAGUAUAUUUAUUUAGAAUCUGCUUUCGAAAAGCCGUUUUUUAGUACAUACAUAAAUCAAUCAAUGUUAACAUUAUAUCUACUGGGUUUGUGUUUUUGGCCACCGUGGAGAGGCCAGUGUAGCAAGUCAACUACUUACACGUUUGUAGAUCCGAAUAUAGAAGAUGAAAAUUUUUAUUCGGAAGUCAAUAAUUCUUAUUUGAGUGAUCCGAUGUUCGUUCCAAUAAAAAAACCAGAGAACCAUGAUCGAUCGUCCGGAACAGAGAGUGAUGAUUCUUCCAUUCGAGCCGUACGUUUCAAUAAAUUAGCCGAAGUGCGGCAUAUGUCUGAAAAUGAUGCUAUCGAGGCUUUAUUGGCAAGGCUUAGCUAUCAAGCCAGCGUCCGAGCUGGAGAACAAGCACGCCAACAAGCUCAUAAGUUUUCUAUACAAAAAGUCGCCAAAGUCGCGCUGAUGUUUGGCUUCAUCUUAUUUACGGCAAAUUAUAUAUACCGAAUUUUGUUGGCCCAAAUGGAUAUUGGAAAUAUGACUAUAAUAUCAUCAACGUCUAGUUUAUUCACUUUAUUACUUGCUUCAUUUUUUUCAAGUAACAGCAGUGAUAAACUUUCCUUAUCAAAACUAGUUGCCGUAUUAGUUAACAUCUUCGGAAUGGUUUUAAUGAGUCGAUCUAAUAUAAACAUGGAUACAAAAGAAGAACCUAAAGUUAUGAUUUUAAGUAUACUCAAUGCAUUUUUUCAAACUGUUUACGUGAUAUUUUUUAAAAACAAAGUUGAUCACGAAGAUCGAAUGGAUAUACCAAUGUUUUUUGGAUUUGUAGGCCUUUUCAAUCUUACUUUAUUAUGGCCAAUAUUUUUUAUUCUUCAUUAUGGGCAUUGGGAAGAAUUUGAAUGGCCGAACAGUCGACAAUGGACAUUCAUAGUUAUAAAUGGAAUUAUUAGUACAGUAUUGAGUGAAGUUUUAUGGCUGUGGAGCUGUUUCUUAACAUCUUCACUUAUCGGAAUUUUAUCAGGAAGUUUAUUAAUACCAAUGUCGAUGAUAGCCGAUGUACUGUUAAAGAAAAUUCAGUACCCUCACAAUUUUUACGUGGGUUUGAUACCGAUGAUAUUUGCAUUUUCAUCCAUAUUCUUACUUUCGUAUUAUGAAAAUUGGGACCCAGUAUUGAACUUAUUGAAAUACUUUCAUUCUUUGAUUUUCAGAAAAAGUAAAACUAUAAGAAACUUGCGCCAGACUGCGCCAGAGAGUUGUGGUGCAUCCCCACAGAGAAUUUCUCUGCAUUACAAAAUCUCGCAAAAUUUUUCCCUACACGAAUCGACUCUACAAAUAAAUUUUUACAUCGCUACAAAUCUACAGAAGAUUAUUUUCACAUCGUUCCAUCUCUACUUGAGAACAUCUCUCUUAUCAAGAAUCUCUACAGCGAUCAUUUUUACAUAGCGCUAAGCUCAAACA